AUGGCUUUAGGACUUUACCAGACUUUAACAUCAAGCACACUAACUACAGAAACCAUGCAAAGCUUGCUCCGUCAUGUGUACCCUAAAGAAACCCCAGAAAAGAUUGCUGGUCUUUCCAGACUUGUGAUUUCGGAAAUGGAUGACGCAGACAAAGGUGAGAAGUUAGCUACAGCAACUUAUUUAACUUGCAAUGUUUGUAGAGCAAAAGAUAAUGCAUAUGUUCCCAAUAUCUGGUGAAUCAGCCAAGAAUAAAUUAUUAUAAUUAUUUUUAUUAGGUAUUUAUAUAACGCCAUCAUAUUCCGUAGCAUUUUACAAUACUAUCAAAGGGGGAGAUUUAACAAUAAAUUAGGCAUUUACAAAAACUUACAGGAACAAUAGGUUGAAGAGGGCCCUGCUCAAAUUAGCUUACAGUCUAUAGGAGGUGGGGCGUAAAACACAUAAGGACAGGAGGUAGCAAUCAAGCAAGGUGGAGUGAAGCAGAGCUGGGAGAAUGGUAGAGUGCUGCCCUUUAGGAGAGAGCAAAGGACAGGUACAUGAUGUAGAGGUUACUCUGGGAGGCCAUAAGCUUUCCUAAAGAGAUGGGUUUUGAGGCACUUUUUAAAUGAUUGAAGUCUAGGGGAGAACUUGAUGGUCAUAGGCAGGCUAUUCCAAAAGCAAGGAGCCACCCGCGAGAAGUUCUGCAAGCGUGAGUUGGCCGUACGGGUGCGAGCAGUGGACAGGAGAAGGUCACAGGCAGAGCGGAGAGACCAAGAAGGUGCAUACCUGCGGAUCAGUGAAGAGAUAUAGGAGGGGCUAGAAUUGGUCAAUGCUUUACAGGUGUGGAUUAGUAUUGUAAGGACUGACAUUCAUUACAGACUGUAGCGGGGCAAUACGACCUGUGGGAAGGCCUAUUAGGAUAGAGUAACAAUAAUCCAUGCAAGAGAUUACUAGAGCAUGGACACGAUCCUUAGUAGCAUCUUGCGUAAAAAAGGGGCGGAUGCGGGCUAGGUGGAAUCUACAGGAUGUGGUAAAGGACUGAAUGUGAGGCUCAAAUGUGAGGCCAGAAUCAAGUAUAACUCCAAGACAGCACACUUGGAAGGAUGAACUGAUGUGGGUACCACUAACUUGAAGGGAGAGUGAAGGAGGAGGAUCAGUAUUAGGGGGAGGAAAGACAAGGAGUUCAGUAUUAGAGAGAUUGAGUUUCAAAAAGCAGGAGGACAUCAAGUCAGAGAUGGAAGAAAAACAAGCAGUGACACAUUGCAGAACAGCAGGCGAGAGGUCCGGGGUGGAGAGGUAUGUACAAUAGGGUACAAUAAAAUACAAAAACAUUAUUAAUACACAAUACAUACAAAAUUAAACAUAGAAGAGGUAGAAAAUAUAUAAUCAACCAUGACAGGUGCAUUCUGUUUUGAGAUAUGUAGCGAGAGAUCUCUUGAAGGAAUUUAGGCCUGGGGAAGAUCUGAAUGUGUGCGGGAGGUCGUUCCAUAAUUGCGGUGCUCUGUAGGAAAAGGAGGAUUGAGCCGCUAGGAGAUAGCCAGUGAAGGAAAAGAGAAAGUAGGGAUGGAUAGAAGUUGGGAAUCAAUAUUAGCUGAUAGCUGCUGGAGGUCAGAUUUCUUCUUAGUUGCGGGGGUAAGGUUGAGGAUGAUGGAGUAAGGGGCUAUUGAGAGCAAAUGAUAAGAGGUGGUGAUCUGAGAGAGGAAAUGGAGUGUUGCAGAGAUUAGAGAUUGUACAUUGAUGAGAGAAAAUAAGAUCAAUGGUAUUGCCAGCUACAUGGUUGGGGGACUUAGCCCACUGUGAUAGCCCAAGGGAGGAGGUCAUUGAAAGUAGUUUUGAGGCUACUGAGGACAAGGGCAGGUUAUUGGGAAUGUUGAAGUCCCCAAGAAUUAGGGAUGGAAUAUUAGAGGAGAGGAAGUAGGGAGGCCAAGCAGCAAAGUGGUCAAGGAAGAGGAGAGGGGAGCCAGGGGGACGAUAGAUAAUGGCAAUGUUAUCAGAGAUGGGUUAGGAAAGGCGAAUUGAAUGAAUUUCAAAUGAUGAGAAAGAGAGGGAAGGGGGGAUGGGUAAAGGUUUGAAGGAGCAGUGAGGUGAGAGAAGUAGCCCUACACCACCACCUUUGCUUUCAGAGUGUCUUGGGUUGUGGGAAAAUUGAAGACCACCAAAGGAUAGAGAAGCAGGGCUGGAAAAUAGAGGGAGAGAGGGAGAGAGACAUGUUUCAUUUACGGCUAGUAAGUCUAGGGAAUGAGAGAUGAAAAGGUCGUGCACAGCAGUGGAUUUAGUCACACUGCAAACAGAGCGUGCAUUCCAGAGAGCAGAAAGGAAGGAGGAUUUAAAGGAAGAGUGACAUGAGAUGGGUAUGAGAUUAUUGUGAUUCCUGGAGUUAGUACAUGGUGGGUUAGCGGAGGUGGGACCAGGAUUUGGAGAGACAUCACCAGUUGCUAGAAGCAGAAGGAUAGAAAGUAAGAGAAGGCGGGUAGGAUUUAAAGGUUUUGGGAGAGGGUUUGUAUUUAGAAGUUUUUCAAAAAGGUUGAUGGAGAUAGGCUGGAAAGGUAUAAGUAGAGUGCAUGGGAUGAAUAGCGAGGGAAGGGAAGUAUAAUGGGAGCAAUGAAAAUGGUGCCAACAGGGACAGGUGAGUAGAGGGAUAGAGAGAUAUUGCUAAUUAGUGAGGUGAGAGUGAAAGUAAAGAAUAUAAGGGAGAGCAUUUUCUAAAGAGAAUAAAGGAGUUUAUAUUAUAAAGAAGGAAAAUUAGGAUUUUUAGUUAUGCAAAAUUAGAUGAGGUGGGAUCUUAAAGUCACAUGAGCGAUGAAAGGGAUCAGGGUUUGCAGGUAGGGAAUGUGAUUGUUGAGCAGGUGAUGAGGGUUUGAGAGACAUAAUUAGUGUGUUUGGAAAGUCUGGUCAUUUGUGCCAUCUAUAAAUGUAGUGAGUUCCUUGGGGUGGGGUGUUGAGGGGAGAGGUGGGAGGGAAACCACCCAAAAGAGCUGUUGACUCCUGUUUAUUUAACGCAUGAUAUAUACUACGUAAACUAUGUACUAUGCAAAACAUUUAGCAUUAGCAAAUAUAACAUCAAUUAGGCAGUAUAGAGCAUACACUUUUAACAUAAUUACAGGAACACUAAAGCACUAGGAAUGCAACCACACCCACCAUAAAGGCCUGGGUGACUUUAGUGGUCCUUUACACCAAACAAUAGAUCAAGCAAAGUAUAAAUCCGCAAAAAAUAAAACACAGGAAUAAACAUGCGAAUGCUGUAGAGUUCCUUGUUCUACGGAUAUAUUGCUGAAAAUUGAAAUAUUGAUGCUGUCAGCAGUUAUUAUUAAACUAGCUUCCACUGCUUUGGGCAUCAAGACUUCUAUAGUCUUAAAACAUUAAAAUAACUAGAAAAUAAGUAAAUUGUUCUAUUUUCCAGCACAUCUGAAAAUGCAAUUAAAAUAAAGCUAUUGAACCAGUGAGUGGGAGUUCGGGGAGUUCGCGGGGGGUUAUACUUUUUGUUGAAAAUAUAUUUUUUUCAAAUUGUAUUACAUUUUAUACUUUUUACUGUUGCUUAGUAGAGAGCUUCUCAUAUUCAGGACACAAUUCUAGGAUGUGCCAUUUGCACAAAAAAAAAGCAGAAGUGGUACAAUUUCUACUGUUAUACUGUUACCAUCAGGAAGGUGUUUCUUUGCACAUGAAAAAAUAUUUUUUUGCAUCCUAGUUAUUUAAAAUUAGUUGUGUGAAAACGUGUCACCCAAUUGCUAGCAGAAAAGCAUUUGCACUUGCAUUUGCGUAAAAUAGGCGGGUUUUACGCAGAUUAUUUUGCAGUUACCUGAGUUUAUUGGAGAUCACUUCUAACCUAUUAAAACAUACAGAAUAAAAUACAAGGUAUGUGUACAUGCAUGUAUGUUAAACUGCUUUACCUGUGUUCCAGUGGAUCCCUAAUGGUCAUGUGGGGGUUCUUCAUUACCAAUAUUAGGUACAGACCACUUUAUAAGCGACCUUGUUGUUCCAGUGCCCAGUUAGAGGACCACUAUAGUGCCAGGAAAACAUACUCGUUUUCCUGGCACUAUAGUGCCCUGAGGGUGCCCCCACCCUCAGGGACCCCCUCCCGCCCGGCUCUGGAAGGGGAAAGGGGUAAAAACUUACCUUUUUCCAGCGCUGGGCGGGGAGCUCUCCUCCCUCUCCAGCGUCCGAUCCGCCCAUGCCUGAAUGCGCCGCUGCAGCGGCAAAGCGGCUAGCGCAUUCAACCAUGCGCGGAAAGCAGUAAAUGCUAUGGGCCGCUGCGUGCUCACUGUAGAAAAUCACAGUGAAACGCGUAGCGCCUAGUAACUGUCAAUGGGACAGCCACUGGAGGAUAGAGAAAACUAACCCAUUCAUAGUAUAGCAGUUUCUCUGAAACUGCUAUAAUUAUGAAAAAAUGGGUUAACCCUAGAAGGACCUGGCACCCAGACCACUUCAUUAAGCUGAAGUGGUCUGGGUGCCUAGAGUGGUCCUUUAAUGUCUCAGACCACUGGCUGUGGUGUUCUGAGGCAUCCAGAAGAACUGGGGGGACCAUGAGGGCACUCUUAAAGUAGACUGUUACUUGUUAAAAUAUUGCAACUUAGAGGCUUGGACAUGGGAGGAACUCCUGUAGGUACUGUAACUUCAGUCACAUGAAGUUGUUAUAUUGAGUACAAUGUUCCUUUAACAUAAUACCAUUGAUUACAUAUCUGGGAACAUUGGUAAUCACUAGUAUAGGACAACAAAAAUAAACUGGUUGAUGUUUAAUGUAUUUAUCUUAAAUUGUAGCUGUUUACCUGGAAGAAUACAUUGAGAUUUCUCUGUCGAGUACAUUAGCCCAUAUCUAUGUUUCUCUGCAGGGUUCAUUGAUGAAGAUCAGUUUGUGUCAUGGAUUCAAGCAAUGCCUCAGACGUCGAUAGCAUCGAUACUUAGCUUCCCAGUAAUACCACCUGACUUGGAAUCCUCUCACACCCAGAGUUCUCCAUCCGUGCCGGUAAUUCUUAGAAUGCAAAGCACGUAAACUGCAUAACAAUAUGCGACACUUGUAAAAUGUUGAGGAGAAACAAAGUAUUGGACUUCUAAUAGGAUUUUAUGUAAAAUGUUGUCAUAAAAGUAGAAAUCCCAGUUUGCCACACUCAUAGAAUAUGUAUAUAGUAUACCGACAACUAGGAACACAAGCUUGGCUAAAAGGGAAUUUAUUAUAAUAGAAAUAUUUUUUUAUCUUUUGAGCCAAAUAAUUUCUAUGAUUUUACUGGAAUAAUUUCCCUAUGUGACAAGCCUGUGUGGCUGUCUGUCUGCAUUCUAUGAAUGUGGAGCUGGUUUCUCCAUUUGUAAAGCACUGGGAUGUCUGUCUUUUCAUGUGAGAUAUUUAUAUAAACAAUAUGUGACUAAAAUGAUGAAAUACUUGUUAAUUUUAUAUUGCUUACUUAUGUUUACACAGGACUAGGAGAGAAGCAUUCCUGCUAACUUCCUCGUCCCAGUAAGUGGGACGCCAGUGGGUGGGUGUAGAAGAGGGUAGACGAGCAACAUGAUUCCCCACAAAGAGGGUUCUGAAGAAUUGAUAGCUCGCCAAGCAGCCUCUCAAUCCCACAGGCCAACUACUGAGGGCAGGACAUGCAUACAGUGGUGUAUUUUGGAUCUGUGCUGCCCUAGGCACGACGGAAGUCGGGUACCCCCUAAUUUAAAUUUCCCUUGCCCCUUCCUGUGAAGGCCACACCUCUUCCUGUCAAAGACUAACACACACUUUGACUGACAGACACACACUCUCAGAUACACUGACAUACACACACACUCACUGAUUUUACACAAUCUGACAGACACACAAUCACUGAUUCACUGACACACACACUCACAGACACACACACACUAACAUUAUCCCCCAACACUCACAGAUUAUUUAUUUUAAUUUAAAUCCACCCAGCCUCCCUACCUUUGGGAGAGCUAGGUGGAUUUUUUUACCUUAGGUCCAGUGGGGCUGCAGCCCGGGCUGUUUAGGCAGGGAGUGAGGCAGACAUGCAGGCAUUUGGGCGGCUAGCCGAGCUCCAGGCGGGCGGUGAGGGAACGCUGAUUUGUGAGCUCUCCCUGUUCAGCUCCUCAGGAACUCUAACCAACUGUAACCAACUAAAGGGUUAUUCCAAGCACUAUGAUCACUUCAGUGAUUUGAAGUGGUCAUGGUGCCUGGAGUCUGUAUUUGCAGCGUUUCACUAUGAAAUUGUGCACAUACAGAGAUUUACUUGCUUGCUGUCAGAACUUUAACUCCACCUGUAACAUCAUUUAUUGUCUGAGAGUGAUCAGCUGACGCUCUCCGCCAAUGAAUGUUGACAGAAUCGUCAGCUCUGCAAAAGCAGGAACCACGUCACUGGACAUGGAGGACCCUCUGUGCUUCGAGGGACCCAGGUAAGAUUGCAAACCAUUGCCUCAUUACCGAGGAACAGGGCCACAGUCCUUCUAACAUUAUAACCAGUACAGCGGGUUGUAAUGGCUUAUGAGGUCUCGAGUAACCCUUUAAAUCUCAAUAUUGUUUCUUGAUUAUUGUUUUAAGACUAACACAUUAUUUCACGUCAUAUAUACAUUACUUGUUUGUAUUUUUGCCAAUCUUGUUUCUGCCAUAGACUGCUUCGGUGUUGGCUGAAAGAGGGAGAGUACGCGACGACCAACUCCACAAUGUUGCUACAUUGAUGGUAAAAAGAAAGAGAGACUGGAAAAUGUUAGCCAACCGCAUAGGCUUUCUAGAAAAGGACAGCAGAUUCUUUGAACAAGCUCAUCCUGAAGUUAAAGAUCAGGUGCAUAACAUUCACAAAAUCGUCAGUGUUAUAACAUAAUUAUUCAGCUCUGAACAGUGUGCAGGAAGUGGAGAGGGUGGGGAUAUCACAUUAAGUCUUAUCCACAUCUCUCUGGCCAGCAACUGCAUGCUGAUUGGAACUCUAAUAACAAGCCGAGGAACAUGCAGGUCUUCUGCCACAGCCCUGCUACAAUAUUGGUUACAGUGUAUGGGGAGAUAAAAACACACUUGGAGUAUGAGAGAUCCACUAGGUAUCCAGGGGUAAGAGAUGUUAAUAGACACAAUGGGUAAGUGGGUUACAAAGCAAAUAUGUGGGCAAGGGGGUUUAGGAGAGACAUGUAUGGGGGUAAGAGGGUUCAGGAGACACACAAUGGGUAAUGCUGGUUGCACAAAAAAAUGUAAAACAUUUUGGGGAUGGUGCACGACCCACAGUUUCACUCCAGGUGCCAAAUAACCUGGAAAUGACUCUGUACAGAUCCCUUGAAUGCUGGAAUAAGUAAGAAUUUGCAAGUUGUAUCCACUGAAUGCAGGGCAGGCUGGUGCAUAGGGGCAGGUAGUCCACCUACCCCCAGUUUUUGUUGUCAAAAGGUAAAGCCCAUUGGCGUGGUAAGGACUUGUGAUAACUGUGUGUUGGAAAAAAGUGUUUUGUCUAUCGUGGUUAUAUCUGCAAUUACCAUCCUUCCAUUUGUUGAUGGCUAGAGAUGCUCAUGAGAGGCUACAAAACUAUUCUUAUCAAGAUUUUGGGCAAUUUUUAAUAACAAAAAUGUCCAUUUUCUGGUUAUAGACCCCUAAAACAUACCUAGUUUGUUCUAACAGGGUUUCUGGUGACAGGCACUGGAUUUGCAUAAGGCCGUCUGAUACUGUAUGCUCUUAAAGCCAGAAACUCUGUUUGGUAUAUGGUUCUGAACUACAGGACUGUCAUUGGGCAACAGCAUCAGCAGGUGGGGUUGGACUUCACUAAAGUGAUUGUGGUUUCCCAAAUACAUGUAUAUAGGUUUAUGGUUGAAAAGGACAUACCACAACAAGACAGGGAUCAGUGCCACCAUCUUUAAAUUUCACCAUCUGCCCCUUAAUACAAGUGAAAAUAAUCUUGCAGCAAAGGAUGCAUGUCCAUGCUUGUUUGAGUUUGAAACAUACUCUGUUAAUUUCCAGAUCCUUGAUCUCCUGCUAGUGUGGAGGAAUGCUGCGGGUGAGCAGGGACAGUCUCAGACUCUGCAGGAUGCACUGAAACACACCGGGAAUGCCGAUAUCGCCAAUGAGAUCUUCUCCCUCGAGUUUUAGAACAUCGUUCUCUUAUCCACAUACACAACUAUGGAUUCAUAAACAGUAGAGAUAAUGUCUUUAAGUGUUCAAAAAGAGAUUUAAUUUCAUCAUGUGCAUAAUAAUUUUAAAUGUUACAGAAAUAUAGAUUAUUCCACCUACAAAGAAUAUGUAUUUAUUUAAAUGUUUUAGAUACUCAUCGUACAUAGACAUAGGUAACAUUAUGAUCUUUAAAAUAGUGAUUAAAUUCGUGGCAUCAUUGCGUUGUGCCAAGGAACUAAUGAAUAAAUAUGGAUAUAGGCACUCUGUUUAAAAUUAAAAUGUCUUAUGAAGAUACUCUACUUCCACAAAAUUCAAAACCGACUACCAUACACUUCAGCCAUUGUAUUAUUGUAUGUGUGUGAGUGAGUCUGUUUUUAUAUUCUAGUCCGUCAUAAAUUAUUGAUUAUAUUCAAAAGUCAGUUAUCCACUGUUAAAGAAUUUUUAUCAUUGUGACAAGUUUAUAAUCUAAUACCUAACAAUAUACAUAUAUGUAUAUGUAUCCUUUUAAUGCAUUUUAUACUUAUGUUGCAGAAUGUUAUAUUAGUAAAAUUUUAUCUAUUAAAAACAAGAAGAAAAAUCUUCUGCAUAUGAACAGGCAAGCAGUAGUUUCUGAGAGUUCACUAAAGAUCAGGACGAUAUUCCACCAAUUGGGAGCUUCUCGUUCUAGUCUUUGAGUCAGAGCAUAUCCCAUUAAUUUCUGUAAACUGUAGAACAUAUGGUGAGAUAUGUAUACUACUUCAAAUACUAAAAGUUAAUCCUAAAGAUGUCAAGGGGUAAAGGGGGAUUGAUAGCUAAAAGCCAGUCUGGAUGCAAUGUCAUUUGUAUCUUGUUCAUUGAUGUUACAGCUGUUAAUGCUUUAUGGUUUACUGUUUAACAAACAAGAUAAAACAAUGAAUGGUCUUGUUACAUUCUACACAAAGCUUUCGAAACACUGACAUUUCAAAAAGAAUACACAAAAUAAAUAAUAAAAC